AUGUUGGCGUCUGUGUUUGGAAGAAAGUUUGAAGAGGUACUUGAGUGGGCACAAGAGCAAGAAGACGAAGUCAAAGACACAGAUGUAGACCUGCAGUUUGGUAACAGCCCAGCCCCCGCUAGCCCCGGUGGCACAGUAACAGCAGCCGCAGACACCGUAGAAGACAUCCCGGAAAAGGGUGACCAAGUAUGGCGGCUACUCCAGCACCUGUGCACGGGAGAAUCCGAGGGCAUAGUGGUGAACUCUGGUGGUGGUUUUGAGGCCUGGAGACGCCUGCACCGGCGGUUCGACCCGCUGUCGGCAGGCCGCAAGAGGAACCUCUUGAGGGCCAUUCUGUCACCAGUGAGAGUCAAGGGUUGGGAGCAUGUUAGACAAGCUAUAGACCAACUAGACGACCUGAUAAGAAGAUACGAAGCCCGAAAGAAUGAUGCAGGCGUGAGAGAAAAGUUGAGUGACGACUUGAAGAGUACAGCCCUAGAGUUGCUAGUUCCUACAGACUUAGAGCAGCAUCUUAUCCUCAACAAAGCUAGGUUAAACACCUACGAAGAUAUGAAGGGGGAGAUACAGCAGUUGGUUGAGGUUAAGACGAAAGGGACGGUAGAACAACCGGGGAAAAUCCCAGCGUCAUCGUCCCAAGGACCAGCGCCAAUGGAGGUUGAUGCCUUAACCCAAGCCAUAAGCUCCCUCAUGAAGGGGAAGGGGAAAGGUAAAGACCCUAAAGGUAAAGGUAAAGGUAAGGGUGGCAAAGAUGGCUCAAACGGAAAGGCUCAAACCAAGAAUGGCUCUGUACAGAAGUUCCAAGGCAACUGUCACAACUGUGGCAAGCCUGGCCAUAAAGCCGCCGACUGUUGGUCAAAGCUCAAAUUGGGAAACACGGACUCAAAGAACAAGGGCAAGCCCAAGGACAAGGGCAAAAGCAAAGGCAAAGGAAAGCACGCUGGAUCCCUAGAAGAGGGAGAGGCAGAAGAACCAGCUCAGGAAGAUGAGCUGGGUGCAGUUGAACUUUGCGCUGUAGAAACCGCCUCCCAAGGCGGGCGGUGGAUGAAGUUUAACUACGACACAGGGGCGGCCCGGACAGCAAUCCCUCAGGACUGGGAGAGUAAGGGUUCGCCUGCUGAAGGCCCAGAGCUGACCUUCAAGACCGCAAGUGGGGAACUGAUCACCAGCAAAGGUGCAUGCAAAAUCUCCGGCAGAGACGAGAAUGGCCGGAUGAAGGGGAUCACUGGGUCCCUGGCCCCGGUGCACAAACCGCUGGUGUCAGCCUACAAGUGUGCAAAACAAGGGUAUGUGAGUGUGAUCCAAGAGGAUGAAGGGCACCUCAUACCCCGCGCAAGCCCGUUAGGCCGAAAGAUAGAAAAGCUGGUAAAACAUGCGAGCGCCGAGGAAAAGAAGGGUACGAUACCCCUCUACCAGGAGGGAGGUGUCUACAACUUCUACUUGGAAGCAAACGCAGUCGAGGUGGCCGGACCAGAAGCUCCGGCGCAAAGCCCGGAAGGGGAAGAAGAAGGCGAAGUAGAGGUGGCGGCUCCUAAGCAGGUUCGGUCUCCGAUAGAACCGACCGCCGCAGAGAUAGCUGAGCACGAGGUGCUUGGACAUGUCCAAUACAGAGAGUGGUGUCGCCACUGCGUGGCUGCGAGAGGCAUUGGCCAGCAGCACCGCAGCCGGGAGCAACGUGAGCGUCAGAACGACGGACUUCCAACGGUGGCGUGUGACUACUGUUUUAUGGGACAAGACGAUGGCAAGGUGAAACCAAUCCUGGUCAUCAAAGAUUCGAAGACGCAAGCAAUAGCUGCGACUUUUGUGGAAGCCAAGGGAACAGACCCCUACGCCAUCAAGUUUUGGCAGGGCUUUGUCAAGCACCUUGGUUACAAGAAGUUCAUUGCGAAAAGUGAUGGAGAACCAGCCAUAAAGGCUAUGAAGGCGAAGGCCAUAGAUGGCCUGAAGGGGAUUGAAGCAAUAUCCCAAGAGACUCCCGAGGGAGACCACCAGGCCAACGGCCUGGCAGAGGUAGCUGUGAGAGAAGUGAAAGGCAAGUACGGGAAGGGAGAAGAUGGCAGGACGCCCGAGCAGCGCCGGUCAGGGAAGGCCUGGAGACGGCCAGCCUUAGAGCUGGGUGAAAGGCUUUUCUACCGUGAAGCGGUCGCCGCGGAAUCCAACAAGAAUGACCUCCACAUGAAGAUGUUGGAGGGCAGGUACAUAGGACACCAUGGCGGGACCGGAGCGUUGCUGGUCAUCACACCCAAUGGUGUGAAGAGGGCGCAAGGAGCCACAGGCUCAACGGAGAAGGCCCGCUUCCAGUGCAGGGCCCGGCACCAGUGUUGGCUGCCCCGGGUGUACAUGCGUCUCCUGGGAGAGUCGACGCAGGUCAACCACACAGAGGCCUGCAGAGCCAGAAUGAUGGAGCUUCUAGCUCAAGACGAGAGGGGAAAGGCCAGAAUUGAGGCACACGAGUUGCGCCAGAGACGAAGGCCAGAGCCCCCAGAGAGGGAAGAAGAGCUCCGAGUAGCUGAUGCGGUAGGUGAACCGGAGGCUUCAGGCGUGCCUGAGGCAGGAGGGAGAAAGAAAAAGAGGGGCACGAGUAGCCCGGGGUCACCCGGGACUCUGCCGGUAGGAAAGCAGACGCCGCAGAAGCGAGGAGAUGUAGAAGAACUGGUGUCGCAGCCAGUGGUACAGCAGCAGGCUGAAGAACAGCCGCCGCAAAGCAUGCAAGCGCUGAGUUCUCUCAAACGAGAAACUGCACUGUUAGUGCAAGGCAUGGUUCGGAACAAGUAUAGGGCAGAGCAAGUAGACGUCACCGAACAGGAGGUGAUGGAUAUCGCAUCCUUGUGCACAGCCAUGGGAGCCGUGGAUGUGAUGGAAAUCUACAGCCCAAAACGGUUUACGGAACACGCGCCGCGACUGGGCCUUUUGCCUGGAUAUGCGGUAGACUUGUGUGAGACCAAGCCCAACAGUGAAGAGCAUUGGGACCUGUCUAGAGAAGAAGACAGGAAAGAACUAGAGGAGCUGAUUGAUGCAGAAGAACCCCGGCUGUUGACCGGAGGCCCGCCGUGCGAAGCCUUCUCGAGGCUUCAAGCACUCAACCAGAAGCGGGUGUCACCAGAGGUGAGAAAGAAAAGAAGAGAGCAGGGAGAGCAACACCUGCACUUGAGCAUUAAGAUGUACCGAAAGCAGAUGGAAAAGGGAAGGUACUUCCUACACGAGCAUCCGUGGAGCGCGGACUCAUGGUACGACGAGGAAGUCAAAGCCCUCGCAGAGGAUGAAAGAGUUUACGUGGUAAAAGGCCCCAUGUGUAAAUGGGAGAUGAAGGCCAACGACGUGGCAGGAAACGAAGGAUAUGUGAGAAAGGAAACCGGCUGGAUGACAAACAGUCCAGUGUUGGCCGAAAUCCUUCAGGGAGAGUGCAGCAACAAGCAGGGAGGACUGUGGCAUAGGCAUGUCCGCCUUAUAGGUGGAAUCGCCCGAGGUGCUGCGGUUUACCCGCCAAAGCUGGUAAAUGCUGUACUUAAAGGCUUGAAAGAACAAAUGGUUGAAGAUGGAAGCCUAAGCGCCGUAGAUGCGUAUGCGGCAGGACCAGUACCCGAGGAGCCCAGCAUGCCUGCUGGCAACUGGUACCAAUACUGGGACGACGUGAAUGGAGGGUACCUGGACUCCGAAGGAGUCCUCAAAGCUAGACAGCUGGAGAUGGAGUACAUCCACAAGCAAGGUGUGUGGAAGAGGGUACCUUUGGACCAGUGCAUUCAAGAAACAGGCAAGCAACCAAUCCCACUGAAGUGGGUAGACACGAACAAAGGGGAUCACACGAACCCUAACUUGAGGUCCAGACUGGUCGUGAAAGACAUCAAGGCCAGGAAGGGCCCCGAGGACCAGCUAGACCCAGCGAUGUUGUUUUCGGCUAUGCCCCCGCUAGAAGCGGUGCGCAUUCUUACGUCCAUGCUUAUGAGCAAACAACGCUCGAAGCACGGGAGGCCGUUACGACUUGGGAGCUGGGACAUCUCAAGAGCCCAUUUCUAUGGGACUCCAAAGAGAAACAUUUAUGUGAAGCUCCCAGAGGAAGAGGGAGCAGGAGAAGGAGAGUGUGGACUGCUAUUGAAGUCAAUGUACGGAACGCAAGACGCGCCAGCGAUAUGGCAGGACCACUACACUCAAACUCUGAUUCAAGCAGGAUGGAAGAGAGGAAGAAGCAAUGGUGCAGUCUUCUAUCACCCAGUGCUGGAUGCCCGUGUCUUAGUACACGGAGACGACUUUCUGUGCUUGGGUGACGAAGCAGCGCAGGAAGCACUAGACAAGACACUCCGAGAAGCCUACGAGCUGAAGCGCACAGGAGAGGUAGGAAUCGGAGUUGCAGGAAGCAACCAGAUCACUUUCCUCAAUCGGGUGAUACGGUUGGAGCAACACAGUGGGAGACCCUGCGCCGUGAUUGAAGCAGACUCGCGGCAUGCAGAACUCCUCAUCGAGGAGCUGGGUCUGAACAAUGGUAAGGGCGUAGAGACAGCGGAUGUUAAGAAGUCUGUGGAUCAACAAUUGCUGGAAGCUAAGGCAGCUGCACUUCCACCAGAGAUGGUGAAGCAGUAUAGGUCCUUGGUGAUGCGCGCAGCAUACUUGGCACAAGAUCGUGCAGACAUAGGCCAUGCGGUCAAGACACUGUCAAGAAAGAUGGUAAUGCCGACAGACGCUGACUGGGGCAACCUGAAGCGGUUGGCUCGUUAUCUCAAGCAGUACCCGUAUGCGAAGUUGGUUUAUGAACAACAGCGAGAACCAACCAAGCUCCGUAUCCAAGUAGAUGCGGACCAUGCAGGUGACGCCGUUACGAGACGGAGCACCACGGGUAUGAUCGCGUUCUAUGGCCAGCAUCCCAUAAAGCACUCGUCAAACGUGCAGUCGACGAUUGCCCUAUCGACAGGGGAGUCAGAAUACUACGCCUUAGUGAAGGCAGGUUCGACUGGACUUGGGAUCCAGUCCCUGUUAGAAGAUUGGAGCUGCGAGCUGGAGGUUGUCUUGGAGACGGACUCCAACGCAGCCAAAGGCCAAGGGAGCCGGAUAGGCCUGGGAAAAGCUCGCCACGUACAAACAAGGUACUUGUGGUUGCAAGAACGCGUGGCAGCAGACCACUUGAGGAUCCAUAAAGUGCUUGGGGAGAAGAACUGUUCAGAUAUCCUCACGAAGAGCGUAGGAGGACCAACGCUGAGGAAGCAUCUGAAGACACUCGGUGUUCAACUGAGCUCUGAAAAGAGCCGCGGGCACAAGGAACUCCUCUUGUAA